AAUGUUUGCUGGGCUAUGUCUAUGUUGAUUUUCGAGGUGGGCGCAAAUUUCCGGGCAAAUGGAACUUUUAGAUGGAGCCGGUGACCAAAAAUUAAAGAGCAAGUCCAGCUCGAUAUCGACAGGUGGCAAAAUACUAAUUGCAGCCACAGGUGGAGUAGCUCUUGGGCUCUCUGUGGUUUGUGCCUCUUUUGUGGCACCGGCAUUUCGAAGGAUUUGCCUGCCUUAUGUCCCAGCGACUGAGGAACAAAUCAAAAAUGUAUUAAGCUUUCUACCCAAAAAUGUGAAGAGUGGAAAACUGCUGGAUAUUGGUUCUGGGGACGGGCGGAUUGUUGUAGCUGCUGCCCAGCACGCCAAAGAUCUAAAAACGGAUGGGGUGGAGUUAAAUCCUUGGCUGGUAUACUACUCCCGGUUGGCUGCACUGCGUCAUGGUGUAAGCCGACAGGCUAGCUUCUUUCGACGCGAUCUUUGGAAAUUUAACAUAAAGAGCUACAACUACGUGGUCAUAUUCGGUGUGGAGCAGAUGAUGCAAGAUCUGGAGCACAAAUUGAUUGCAGAGUGUCCACACGAUGCCAAAGUCAUAGCCUGCCGAUUCCCUCUUCCUCAUCUUCAGCCCGAACAUACCAUUGAUGAUGGGGUGAAUACAGUCUGGUUCUACGAUUUAAGUAAACGUCCCGUAUGAAAAAUAUGAAUUUUAGUUGUUGAAUAUUAGAUAUCUUUAAUAGAAUCAAUAUACAUA